AUGCCCCCGUUCUACGAAGUGGCUGUCGCCCGUUUUGGGCAAUCAUCCUCGAAAGCCAAAUGGGCAAUUGUUGUCGUAUUCACACCAUCUAGCCAUUCAUUAGUCUAUCAAAUCACUGGCUCGGCUGUUGACUACAGCCUUGAAGCACCGCAAUCAGUUACACUCAAGGAUGGGGAGAAUGGUUAUUUGGGGAGGGCACCUAUAGGACUGGUGGACUCCGAGAAUCUACACCUGCUUCACACCACACUUGCAUCUAUUCCUGUCGUUCGAGGAGAUGCCUCCUGGAGCAGCCACAAUUGGGUUAUGGAGGGUAUAGCUGCUCUGCGGAGAGUACAAGGAUAUCAUAUUGACCAGCAUGUGUCAAUGCAAUGGAUAUCAGAAAAGCUAGGAGGAAAAUAA